AUGGAAGACUGGAAAGUAUGAGUCUGUGUACUUCGUCCACUUACUCUCAAUGCCUACCUACAGUGCCUGUGGCUGUUACCGGCCGGUCAAAGAGGGAGCUGUCGACUGUGCAGGACCAGCCAUCGACGGAUGGAGAAACUAAUCAACGAAGGCGCAGACGGAAGACUGGAAGGUAAGACUGUGUACUUCGUCCACUUACUCUCCAUGCCUACCAACAGUGCCUGUGGCCGUUACCGGCCGGCCAAAGAGGGAGCUGUCGAAUGAGGAGAGCCAACCAUCGACUAUUGGAGAAGCUAACCAACGAACGCGCAGACGGAAGACUGGAAAGUAAGACUCUGUACUUCGUCCACUUACUCUCCAUGCCUACCUACAGUGCCUGUGGCCGUUACCGGCCGUUCAAAAAGGAGCUGUCGAAUGAGGAGAGCCAACCAUCGACGAUUGUAGAAAUUAACCAAAGAAGGCACAGACGAAAGACUGGAAGGUAAGACUCUGUACCUCGUCCACUUACUCUCCAUGCCUACUUGCAGUGCCUGUGGCCGUUACCGGCCGACCAAUGAGGGAGCUGUCGAUUGAGGAGAGCCAACCGUCCGCGAUUGGAGAAGCUAACCAACUAACGCGCAGACGGAAGACUGGAAGGUAAGACUCUGCACUUCGUCCACUUACUCUCCAUGCCUACAUGCAGUGCCUGUGGCCGUUACCGGCCGACCAAAUUGGGAGCUGUCGAUUGAGGAGAGUCAACCGUCGACGAUUGGAGAAGCGAACCAGCGAACGCGCAGACGAAAAACAGGAAGGUAAGACUGUACUUCGUCCACUUACUCUCCAUGCCUACCUACAGUGCCUGUGGCCGUUACCGGCCGGCCAAAGAGUGUGCUGUCGAAUGAGGAGAGCCAACCAUCGACGAUUGGAGAAGCUAACCAGCGAACGCGCAGACGGAAGACUGGACGGUAUGACUGUGUACUUCGUCCACUUACUCUCCAUGCCUACGUACAGUGCCUGUGGCCGUUACCGGCCGGUCAAAGAGGGAGCUGUCGAAUGA